CUUCCUCUUGAGGGUCCGGUAUCGGUGCCGUUUUCCCUGGUUGAUUAAAGCGCCGUCUCGCGGGAAAAAAGAUGAUGGGUUUUCUGCGCAGGACGUUUAGCCGACGGUCAAAACGACGCUUUCGGACGUCAGAGGAGCUGGAGGGGACCGGCAGAGGCGGAAACGCGGUGCUUCAGGCGCACCAGCAGCAGGUGAUUCACGCGCCGAUCGUAGUGACCGGGGGAGCCGUGGUCCACAUCCCCGCCGCGGGCAACAGCAAAGACGCCAUCACAUGCAGAGUCCUGUUGCUGGACGGAUCGGAUGUCAGCGUGGAGUUACCGAAACACUCCAAGGGACAGGAUCUGUUUGAUCAGAUUAUGUAUCAUUUGGAUCUGGUGGAGGCUGAUUACUUCGGUCUGCAGUUCAUGGACCCAGAGCAGGUUGCGCAAUGGUUGGAUGCAGCCAAGCCCAUAAAAAAGCAGAUUAGAUUUGGACCUCCAUACAGAUUGUUUUUCAGGGUUAAAUUCUAUUCUUCAGAGCCAAAUAACCUUCACGAAGAGUUCACCAGGUAUCUCUUCGUACUGCAGCUUAGACAAGACAUACUGUCCGGCAAGUUAAAGUGUCCAUAUGAUGUGACUGUGGAACUCGGGGCUUAUUGCUUACAAAGUGAACUUGGGGAUUGUGAUCCAUUAGAACACUCUACUGUGUUGGUAUCAGAGUUUCGCUUUUCACCCAAACAGACAGAGCUGAUGGAGGCGGACAUCUACCACAAAUGGGCCGAGUGCAGGGGAAUGAGUCCUUCCCAAGCUGAGCUAAAUUUCCUGAAUAAGUGCAAGUGGCUGGAGAUGUAUGGAGUGGACAUGCACUUUGUGAAGGGACGGGAUGGAGGAGAAUAUGCUCUGGGACUCACACCAACUGGAAUCCUUGUUUUCGAGGGAUCCAGCAAAAUUGGUCUCUUCUUUUGGCCUAAAAUAACCCGUCUUGACUUUAAGAAGAACCGACUUACAUUAGAGGUGGUGGAGGAUGAUGAGAAGGGCCGAGAGCAGGAGCACACGUUUGUGUUUCAGCUUUCGAGUUCUCGGGAGUGUAAGCACUUAUGGAAGUGUGCAGUAGAGAGCCACGCCUUCUUCCGGCUCAGACAGCCAACCCACAACAAGAGCAACCACAGUGACUUCACACGCCUCGGCUCGCGGUUCAGAUUCAGUGGAAGGACUGAAUAUCAGGCCACACGUAGUGGUAAAGUCAGGAGAGCAAGCACUUUUGAGAGAAGACCAAGUAAAAGAUAUCCCUCACGGGCCCAGUCUAUGGUCAAAGCCAUAACUCCAGCAAAACAUCCACAUCUAAGUGCACAGACCAGCCCUGAAUCAAGCUUAACACCGUAUAAGCACAACAUUCCAAUUGCACAGGAACCCUGGAAAAGACCACAUCCGUCUAGUCUGACCCCUCCUCUAUACGUACAGCCUAUGGAACUGGGACACGUUCCACCACCACACAGUUUCCCUUUAAGCACUGCAGACACCCGGAGGUUUAGUGUGGAAGAGAACGAAGCUCCUCAUUUUGGAAAGAUCCAUCACUGCUACCAUCGCCAUGGAUACGAAAAACAGGAAGCACUGUGCCUCACGACAGCUAAACCUAAAGCUUGGGUCGUGUCUCCUGGUCCCGAUGAGUUGGAUCGAGCUCUGCAGAAGCAGCUAGAAGCAGAACCUGCAGCCUGGCCGGCUCUCCACAUCAACAUAGACAUGGCAGAGGAAAAACCACUUUCUGAGAAAAGUCUUCCUUCCUCCCCUGCAGUUUUACAGGAACAGCUGAAGAGCAACAUCUCUAAACAUGCCACCCAAAGUGAUAGUGGAACCUCGAAGGGGAACUCUUCAAGUGGUAGACCAAACUGA